AUGAAUCUCAACUUCACCUCCCCUCUACAUCCGGCGUCUUCUCAGAGGCCCACAUCUUUCUUCAUUGAGGACAUUCUGCUGCACAAGCCCAAGCCGCUGAGGGAGGUGGCCCCUGACCAUUUCGCCAGCUCUCUGGCCUCUCGGGUGCCUCUACUAGACUAUGGCUACCCACUCAUGCCCACACCCACCCUCCUGGCUCCUCACGCCCAUCACCCUCUGCAUAAGGGAGACCAUCACCAUCCUUAUUUUCUCACCACCUCGGGAGUGCCAGUGCCCGCGCUGUUCCCACACCCGCAGCACGCGGAGCUGCCGGGGAAGCACUGCCGCCGCCGCAAAGCUCGAACGGUGUUCUCUGACUCGCAGCUCUCAGGCCUGGAGAAGAGGUUCGAGAUCCAGCGCUACCUGUCCACGCCCGAGCGAGUGGAAUUGGCCACCGCCCUCAGUCUUUCUGAGACGCAGGUGAAGACGUGGUUCCAGAACCGGCGGAUGAAGCACAAAAAGCAGCUGAGGAAAAGUCAAGACGAGCCUAAAGCGCCGGAAGGGCCCGAGAGCCCCGAGGGCAGUCCCCGCGCUCCCGAGGCCGCCGUCGCGGAGCCACCGGCCCGCAGCUCUGAGGCGCGGGCUCUGAGGCUUCUCUCCCCGGACCCUUCGCCCUUCCUUAAAGCAGUUCAGUUGGUCGCAGUAAAGGGACCAGGAGUUCUCGGCCUUCGGCUCGGCGGGGAUGCAGCCGAGCCACAACCGGAUCCUCGAAACGUCCAGGGCCAGCGCAGACGCGCUGCUGGUAACUGA